AUGGUUAGAGAUGUUGGGGGUUUGAGACCCACAAGAAACAUGAGUUUAGAAGAAAUUGUUGCCAUGUUUGUGUACACUUUGGCUCACCAUGAAAAAAAUAGAACGAUUGGCCUUACAUUUUUCCGAAGUGGAGAAACAGUGAGUCGCCAAUUUAAUCUUUGUCUUCUAGCAGUAUUAAAAUUACAUGACUUGCUACUCGAGAAUCCUGAGCCUAUUACUGAUGAGUGCACAGACGACAGAUGGAAAUAUUUUAAGAACUGUCUUGGAGCUUUAGAUGGGACUUUAAUUAAAGUGACACCACCUAGUGAUCAGAAGCCAAGAUAUCGAACAAGAAAAGCAAGUAUUGCAACAAAUGUAUUAGGAGUUUGUUCCCCAAACAUGAGAUUUAUAUAUGUUUUGCCUGGUUGGGAAGGUUCUGCACAUGAUGGUCGUGUGCUUCGAAAUGCUAUCUCUAGACCUAAUGGUCUUAGAGUACCACAAGGUUGUUAUUACUUGGUGGAUGCUGGAUAUCGCAAUGCAAAGGGAUUUCUUUGCCCCAUUUCGAGGGCAAAGAUAUCACCUUAA